AGCUUGCGUGGCUCCUCGCCUCAGUCUCUCCUCGGACUCGGAUCGCGCGGGUCACGUGCACACGAAGCUGAGGAAGGAUCCGUCUACCCCUUGAUACAAGAAAAAGAAGAAGCAGGAGUCGUGUAGCAGUUCCGAGAACGAUUGUGGCACAUAUACUGCGCCGCUUCUAUAAGACGCCAGAGACAAUAGAAAAGGAUCAUGACGAAGCUGACGUCGACGUUGGCUUGCAAUACGCUGCUGUUGCUGCUGGUGGCGACGGCGGCCCUGUCCGUGUCCGGUCUCGGCCCACCCACGCCCCACCGGACGAGCGAGGAGUCGCUCCAGGGCGCCCUCAAUGCUCUCACCCGGAAGCAGCGAUCGCUCAAGACCAACGCGUACUACGAGCUGCCGAUCAAGUAUCAGGUGCGACAGCGCCCGAGAGACCAGUUGGACCUGGACGGACCCCUCGAUCUGAGCGAGACAGACGACGGGCUCGAGUUUAUUCCAGUUGAAGGACAAUUGGAGACGAUCGGCGAUGGCUACCAGCAUCUCAAUAAUAAACAGCUCAACAAAGCUCUCAUGGACUACUUGAAAAGUAGCAGUCACAGCGGAAGCAGCGUCCAGGAACAGCUGCAGCCAGGCGAGCCGAUCAAGUCGCUCUUCCGGGAGCGGACCGCGAGCCAGAAGAGGGCCAGCAAGAGCAGCACCUCUACGAAUCGAGACCUCAGCGACGCGAGUCGCGCCGAAUUGGCCAAAUUGUUGGAGGAGUUCGAUACCAGGCGGGACGACUCGGCGUCGGCGGCUCAACUCCAAGACGGAGAGUAUCGCAGGACCCUUGAUCUGCUUAUGGACAAGUACAGAAACGCUGUACCCGACGCCUCGGAUCUAGGGGAUGACCGCUCGAUGAUGAACGACGUGCUGUUCGGCGAGCAAGAGAUGCAAGAGCAAGACCUGAAUCCCCGUUACGCUCGGCUCAUCUCGGCCGAGAGGAGGAACGUCAACGCCCGGUAUCCGCUCUUCAACAGCGAUUACUUCAACAACAAUUAUCGCGACGCGGCCAGCAAGAGGUUCCCCGUGUCGAAGCGAAGCGCCUCCGCCUCCGCAGCCGCUGGCAACGACGACAACGACGACGCAAAGGCAACCGACCCACUGGUAGCCAAGGAUCUCGGCUCGCUCUUCGGUUCGACCCAGUCGACCACCACGACGACUUCGACGUCGACGACGGCCCUCGAGACGACGCCGCUGAAUCGCAGCCAAGAGCAGCAGCAACAGCAACAGCAGCAGCACAGUCACAAUCACGAUCGCGAUCACAACGUCAAGCAGGGCCACAGGCAGCACGAGCACGAGCGACACCAUCUGCCGGCGGUGCUCGCAGACACGAAGGAUCGACCGAUCACCGUGAGGAAGAAGAGCGUCGACUGGUCCCAGUACUUUGGCAUCGAUAGGAGGAAGAAGAAGGCCACCUAUCUGGCUAGGCCCGAUUCCCAAGACCAGGAUUUCCAAUAUUUGCUGCAAAAGUAUUACGAGACCAUGGCUGAGCACUUGAACCCAUCCGGUGGCAACGGUGGCGCGAGCUCGAGCAAGGAUGCGAGCUUGAAGCGCGACAAGCUCCAGCAGGUCGACGCCAAGCUGCGCAACAUGAAGAACCUCAUGCUGGAGGAGGCGGCCCAGAUCGGCUCGCAGCCCGACCUCGACGAGCAGGCGCGCAAGGACGAGAUCCUCGAGCGCAUGGCCACGGCCUACUCCCUGGAGAAGCUCAGGCACGCCCUCAACGAUCUCGCCGGCGACUCUGCGCAACAACAACAGCAGCAGGCCAAAAAUUACCCAAUGAGGCUUCUGGCGAUGGAGCAGCAGAAACGCAGUCGCGGCGGCGACAACGACGACGACGACGACGACGAGAGCUACGGCAUGAUCGACGACGGCGCAGGAGGCGGCGGCGGCGGCGGCGGCAUGGCCGAGGAUUACGAGUGUCCCCAGAUCGAGAUAGUCGAGCGCCGCUGCCGCGCCACCGACGCCCUCAUCGGCGACUUCAAGCAGGUCCUGUUCGGGCCCUGCGUCAUGUAUCACGUCUGCAACUCGUGCGAGCACGAGGACUGCCUCGACAAGUUCGCCUUCGAGGCCGGCAAGGUGUGCGCCGGCGAGCCCGACGACUGCAUGGAGGCCGCCCUCCAGCUGACCCGCUAUCCGCCCUCCAUCGGUCCGGCCGAUCUCUGUCACUCGGCCGAGGGCGACUCCUGCCUCCUGCAGUACUACAUUCGCUACCGAUCCUACAACAACAAUAACAACAACAACGUUAACAAUCGUCAUCGCGGCAGUCCCGUUUACCCGGCUUACGUAAGCGCUCAGCGAUAAAGCCAAUAAAUUGCAAUUGGCCAACGCCGCCGCGCACACUUUUAAUUACCUCCCGCGACCCGACGAUCUGUACGUGUGUCCCCCCGGCCUCGGUUCAUUAAAUUAUCGCGCAAAAUUUAUUACGCAAUCGGCCCCGCGCGCGCGUGAGCGAUAAACGAUACAACACGCCUUUUUAUUCCAUGUAGUUUCACAGAGCUAACAUAUAGCUGAGGCCCAUUUAUUCCCUUUUUAUAAUUUUUAAUUGUUUAUCCAGGCGUAAUUAUAUGUAUAUCAUGCAGUACAAGUAUCUCAUUGCUGUAGUCACUGCAUAAGAGAUGUAUUAAUUAUAUUGUAAUCACUCUGCGUUAAUAUACAUGUAUGUUUAGGGUGCAUGUGCCCAAGCGAAUAGAUAGACAUACAUCCAUACUAUAUGAAAAAUUAUUCAAAGACUUGGUAAAUUAUUCUUAGAGAGAAUUUUUAUUCAACAGAGUAUGAAUAUAUAUGUUACGUUGAACUAUCGCAUUGAUAAAUCAAAACUUUAUUUUUCUGACAGUAAGAGAUAAAUAUUGUAUUUUUAAGAUAAAUUUAUUUAUUGUUAACUCAGUACAAUGCUACUUGAAACUUUAAUUUUUUAUGACGAUACGAGUCAAGAACCAAACUAUUGCCUGUAAACGUCCAAAUACUGGGAUCUACUCAUAAUUUUUAUGCUAGCUGACGGGAGGUUCAAGAGAAUAUUUUAUUGUAAUGUUACUUGGAAGAGAUACACAGCGCAUUGAACCAAGCAGACUAUUUUUUACUAUUUUAUCUUACUGUAUACAAAAAAAAAAAA